GCAGUUUCAGUAGUGUUGUAGAGGCGAUCGGACUGUGCGUACCGUUCUGUCCUCCUUAGGCACUUCUUCGUUGCGGUUGCCUCCUCAGACGUUGUCGGUCGCUCAAGGAAGAGUCACGGUUUUUCAGGUACAGUACCUAUUUCGCGAUCGUUGGUCUUUGGAUUAUUUUAAAAGCAGUAAAAAAAAAAUUUUUUUUUAAAAGCGGACUAAAAAGUGUCAAUUUGUGUUUUUGAUUUUAAAAUAAUAGUGCAACGAGAUUUGUCUAGCAAGGAUUGCAAUACAGUUUUGUAAAAAAAAAAUUUUUCCAAGUGACUUAAUUCAAUUGAAAUUGAUUUUCGAUAAAUCGCUCGCGCGCUCGGUUAUUUAAUGGUGAUUUUUUCGAAGAAUUUUGUUUUUUUAGUUCUCGCUUUUUUUAAAUUAUAAAAGAGGGGGUGAAAUAUUUUAUACCGGAAAUUCCUUGAAAGUUAUCCAAGCUAUUUGCAUUCUCGUCGUUGUUGCGCAAACGCCUCGCACACAAAAUACACUUGCAUCAGCAGGUGCUUCCGUCCGCACAACUCCAACAGGCAGUCAUCUCAAUCAAGAAACAGCCCCCGUAUAUCAAAAAACGAAUAGACAAAUAAACAAAAGUGAAAAAUAAUCACAAUGACGACGAAAAACACGAGAUGUCAAUUUUCAACGAAAUUCCUUCUAACAAUGUACAUUGUCUUCAUUGGCGAAACGAAAAUUGUCGCCGCUGGUCUCACUACUGCCUCGGAACCAUCGGCAGUUUCCGGUCCAGACUACACUGGACCAUCGGCUGGUUCCGAUGAGUGUGAUUCUGAAAUGGUUGGCUUCGAAUUGGUCACCGGUUAUGUCUACACGGCACCAACAAACAUGUUGGAAUCUAUACCAGGCAGUCUGAUGCUCACAGACUGUCUGGAGACAUGUCAAGGAAACGAAUCCUGUCAAGCUGUCAACUACGAAACCGGUCUCUGUGUUCUAUUCAACUCCAAUGCAGACAGCAAUCCCGGUGCGCUGUCACAAUCUCAGUUUCCGGUAUUCACUAUCUACGCCCAAAAGAGUUGUUUAGCAGUGAAGCCAUGUGAACGAGCAUGGUGCAUCGAUAGAGUGCAAGGACAUCGGCUUCAGGGUCACACGAAGAGAACCGCUAGUGCGUCAUCGCGUCAACAUUGUUUAGAGCUUUGUCUUGGCGAGAGGGAAUUUCUCUGUCGAUCAGCAAACUAUGUGAACGCAACGAAAGAGUGUGAACUCUCGGACAUGGAUAGAUUAACAGUUGCCGGAUCUGAUGCAUUAGAAGUGGCAAAAGGAGUUGAUUACUUGGAAAAUCAUUGUGUGAACGAACCGUCAAAAUUGUGCGAUUUCAAGAAAAUUACAGGUCGCAUUCUCAAGACUGUUGACUCGGUCCAUCAAGACGUUACAAACAUUGAUGAGUGUCGUGACCUGUGCUUGAGUUCACCAUUCCGCUGUCACUCGUACGAUUAUGGUGAUACCGGCGAUAUGGUGUGUCGUCUCAGUCACCAUUCAAGAGCAACCCUCUCCGACAUUCAGGAACCCUACCUAGAAGUGCCAGAGGCAUCAACAUACGAGUUGAGUUCAUGCUACAACGUGACAAUUGACUGUCUGGCUGGAGAUAUGGUGACAAGGAUACAGACGAGUAAACUGUUUAAUGGCAAGGUAUACGCAAAGGGUUCACCAAAUUCAUGCAUGAAGGACGUGAAGGGAGUUUUGGAAUUCGAGUUACGAAUGGCGUAUGACGAUCUCGAGUGCAAUGUAAAGCAUCAGGGUUUGGGUCGAUAUCUUAACGAUGUGGUUAUUCAGCAUCACGACACUAUUAUCACGAGGUCGGAUCUGGGUCUAGCUGUUACUUGCAAAUAUGACUUGAGUAAUAAAACUGUCUCGAAUGAAGUUGAUUUAGGUGUUCAUGGCGAAGUCACUCCAUCAUUAUACGAGGAAGUUAUUGUUGAUUCACCAAAUGUUGCCAUGAGAAUAACAGAUCGCAGUGGAAAAGAUGGUGUCAAUUCGGCCGAAGUUGGUGACCCUUUAGCACUAAAAUUCGAAAUUCUCGAUCCCCAGAGUCCGUAUGAAAUAUUUGUUCGUCAAUUGGUCGCUUUAGAUACCGUCGAUAACAGUGAAAUUGUUCUUAUUGACUAUCGUGGAUGUCCUACGGAUCAGGUCAUCAUGGGACCACUCUACAAAUCUAGCAACACUGGCAAGACUCUCCUCUCGCACUUUGACGCCUUCAAAUUCCCAAGUUCAGAGAUGGUGCAAUUCCGCGCAUUGGUCACUCCAUGCAUGCCAACUUGCGAACCAGUUCAAUGUGACGCCGAAGAAUCCACUGGGAGUGUACGAUCAGUAAUAUCCUACGGUCGUCGUCGUCGUCGUUCAACAUCAUCAUCAGAAGCACGCGAAGAUCUUCUCCUAGUUCAAUCAAUUCAAAUCACCGAUAAAUUUGGCUUCGAACGCGAUGGUAGAUCAUCAAACUUGAAUUCAACGCGCGACAGUAAUUUCAUCGAAAGUGAUGAUGACAUCACAAGUGGCUUUAUGGGAAGUUGCAUUAAUUUGGGCGAAGCAAUUGUAGCCGGAACUGUAUUCCUAGUCGCACAAAUUGCCAUCAUUGCAGCGUGGACAUUCACCUGGCAACGCAGGCGGCAAAUUUUAAAACAUCAAGAAGCACUUUCGGUUUCUGUUUCCGUGCCCGGUAUGCAUUCAGGUCGCGCUGACAGUCUCUGCAAAUUAUACGACGCCGGCUACUCGCGACGCUUUUAAAGGAAAAAAAUUAGAAAACUCCUGCCACCCCCCAAAAAAAUAUAUUUUCAAUACAGAAAAAAAUAUUUUUAAAACAAAAAUAUAUUUAAAAUAAAUUAUUUUAAAUAAUUUAAAUAUAUUUAAAACAAGAAUAUAUUUUUAAAACACAAAAAAUAUAUUUUCAAUCUCGACCAAUAAAAAUAAAUAUUCACGGGAUUUUGGCAGUUUGAUGCUCAUAUCGAACUAUUCCAUCGGGAAUUUUUACGCUCUCUUCUAUCAUCUGCUGCUCUUCAUAUAUUUUUUGUUUAAGUUGAAUCGCAAAAAUACGCGACACUCUCUCUCUUGGAGUCGAAUUUUCCAAGUCGAAUUCGAAACGAGAAAAGAACUUCCCCCCUUCGCUCCGGUAACAAUAAAUUACUGGGAAUCCGCUUAGAAUUGUGGUCUCGUGCGAAAGCGAGUUUUUUUCUGGACUUUGCCAAGGAGAGGCGUGGCACGGCAACAGAGAGGUGAUGGAGGUCGACAUGUAUUUGCUACGUAGCGCGGAUUCUAAUUAGCAUUGGGAAUCAAGCGUGAUUAUGCAGAUGCUCCAAGUGGGAUAUCAGGACCACGACGUGGCAUUGGGAGGGGGGAGAGUUCAGUUUCGGGGGAUGCUUGCACCAAAGGGGUUGGCAUAAGGUUAAUUACCUCUUGUGGUGUCUCGGUUCUAAGCUAAGCUUUGGUGAACCCUGGGAUUUGAUGACGUGGGGGUAAGGUUGGGGUUAUACUGUUGGCUCACAUCGACGAUAGUUAUCUCACCAUACGGUCCGCGUAACCUCGGGAUCCCCUUCGACUUAACCUUAGCCACGUCUCGUCCUCUAUACUGGGCAUGUUAAUUUACAUUUGCGGCACGUGACCUUAUCAAUCUGAACCAGCGUUUCUAGCGUGGAUACUACAUAGCAUCUUCAAAAAAAACAACAAACAAAAGAGUAGAGCGAGAAAUGUCAUGCGAAAAAAAUUUUUUUAUAGCCAUACAAUUUUUAGGUCAAAUCAUUUAUCGUCUCUAAUCAAACGAAGAUUUUCUCAUUUCUCUCCAUACUCUUUCCAAGAGCACGCAAACAAAUUUAUUAUAUAGUAAUUAACUUCAUUUUUUUUCCUUCUCAAUACAUUUUGCUUUCGGUUCUCUCACUCUUUCAUCACUAAAUCCUAUUUUCGAUCGUGUUAAAGUGGAUCACUAAUUGUUUGAAAUGAUUUCGAAUAACUGGUUUUAUUGGUGAUGAUGAUAAUAACAUCGGGGGUUUUUUAUUGCAGUGAUUAUUAUGAAAUUCUUUUGCAUUAGACGUUACUUGUUUUGUGUCCCACUUGGAAUGAGGAUUCGGAAAGUGUCUCCAGAGAUUCUAUAAAAAUUCCAAGAUCCCAUUAAUCCAUUGAGAAUUCCAUCAGGAAAUUUGAAAAAUUGACAGAUUUUAUUCGAGUUCACAAAAAUAUCAACAGAAAUCAAAGAAAUUCCAUUUACUUUCUAAGAUUAUAUUGGGGUUUGAAGAUUCAAUAAAAAUUCUAAGAUUCCUUUGGUAUUCCAAGAAAUUCCAACAGAAAAUUAUGAAAUUACAUUGGAAUAUUAAAAUUCUUUUGGGACUCCAAAGGAUGUUAUAUGAAUACCAAGUUUCUGUUGGGAUCCAAAUAACUUUUACAAGAAUUCAAGAAAUUCCAUUUGCAUUCUAAGAUUCCGUUAAAAUUCAAAGAUAUUCAAUCUAGAAUCCAAGAAAUUCCAUUGGUAUUUUAUUUUAAAAUCCCAUUGGGAUUCCAAAUGAUUCUAUCGGAAAUACAAGACAUUCCAUUAGAAUUUUAAGAUUCUGUUAGAAUUUUUAAGAGAUUUAAUCGGAGUUUCCAGAAAUUCCAUUGGGAUAUUAAAAUUUCUUUGUAAUCCCGAAAUAUUACAUAGAAAUUUCAAAAGAUUCCAUCGAAAUUUUGAAAUUCCUUUAAGAUUCUAAAGUUCCAUCGAGAUUUUAAAUUAUUUCAAAGAGAAUUCAAGAAAUUCCAUUGAAAUGUUAAUUUUCUACUAAGAAUUCUAAGAGAUUCCUUUAGAAUUCUAUUAUUGCAUUAAGAGCCUUAAAGAUUACAUCGGGAAUCUAAGAAAUUCCAUUGGAAUUUAAUUAAUUAAUUAUUAUUUAUUAUAAUUGUAAUUAAGAAAUAAUUAAUUAAUUAAUCACUUAAUCUUCUACUGGAAUAUUAAGAGACUCUAUCAGAAUUUCAAAACAUUCUGAAGAAAUUUUUAAAUUCCAUCGGAAAUUUGAUAAAUUCUAUUAGAAUUUCUUUAGAAUUUCAAUCCGAUUUCAUCCGAAUUUUAAGCAAUUCCACCACAAUUCCCAAAUUCCACUUGUAUUUUAAGAGAUUCUAUUGAGAUUUCAAGAAUCUUCAUUGAGAUUCAAAUAAAUUCCAGAAGAAUUCCAAAAUAUUUAAUUUCUAUUUCUAACGGAUUUUUAAUAAAGUUUUCAAUUUCAAAUGGAAUUCGAGAGAAAAUUCAGCUUCCAAUCAAAAUUCUACAGAAAAUUCGAUGAAAUUCAGAAGGCACUUAUUAUAUGAAUUACCCGUAAAUCUUUCCAAAUGGAAUCCAGCUUAAAAUCAAUCAGAAUUCUAUCCGAAAUUAGAUGGAAUUCAAAAGGCCAUUAUUAUCGAAAUUGACAAAGAAUCUUUCUAAGUGGGAUCGAAUCUUAAUUUAAUUUUUAAAAGUAUAAAAGUUUACUUAAUUUAGAAUAAAAAUUUAAUUUAAUUUAGAAUAAAAAAAAUUCUAAACUGAUAAUUAUUUACAAAAUUGAUAAAAUUUUCAAAAUUCUGAAAAAUCCCCUUUUCAAUUGAAAUUUUUAUCGAUUAAUUUAUUUUUUUAUUUUUUUUUUAAUUUAAAAAGAAAAAGGCAUUCUAGUGAAAGUGAGAGAAAAUCCUACACGACUGAUUUGUUAUAAUGGACGAAAUUGAAUUUUAAUUGGGAUGACGUUCGUUUUAGAACUAAGUUAACAAGCGCAGCAGUAACGAAAAAGAAGAAAAAAGUAAUCUAGGAUUCGAAUAGAGUGCCUACCGACGUUAUUAGUAAAUUAGGUUAGAAGUACGGGUUACGUGCAAUUUUAGAUAAAUCAAAUUCAAUUAAGCAUAUAAUUUGGAGGACUCUAGAUUUCAGCAAAAUUGAACAACAAUUCUUGAUUUUUUUUUGCGAAAUCGAAUCGUUUAUUUUUUUUUAGAAAUAAAAAACUCGUCAAAACAGAAUUUCAAAAUUUUGUUUUUUUGUCUUGAUGUGGUUUUUUGCAAGCAUAGUUUUUUUAAAAUUUUUUUUCUCUCCUAGUGUUUGAAUAUGAAAUACGUUUCAUUGUCAACACAGUAUUAAGUAUUAACAUUGACGCUAAUUUUAAUAUCCGGUGAGCGUAGUUUAAAUAAUAAUAAUAAUAAUAAUAAUAAUUUUUUUUGUAGCGCGAUUUUAGAGUUUAUAAACUCGAAAAUUUCGCAGGAACGCUGGGGCAGAAAAUUUCAAAAUAAAUUUCAAAUGUGUGCUCUCUUUUUUUCGCCCUUGUAGUUACGUUCCUACGUGUCAACACAAAAGGUGCCUACGUACUAUAUAUAUAAAUAUAUAUAUAUAUAGUAAGUUGCAUUUUGCAAUAUGACUUAAUUAUGAUUGUUAUCUACGAAUAAAGUUAAUAAUUUCGCUAACUAAGCUGACGUAGUAUAAUCAACCUUGCUUGUGGUGAGAGGGUAGAACCAAUUACGCAAGUUUGGCAAUUUAUUUUAUUAAGAAAAAAAAAGUGGUAGUAUUUUUUUCUUUGUAUGAGCGCAUACCCGUACUUUUAUAUUAAAAAAAGAAAUGCGCGCACAAAAAUUAAAAACGUGAGAAAAAUUUCCUUUAUUUUUAAACUCGAAGAAAAUUGGCAAAAAUUAAAAAAAAGGACAAUUUUUCUUACAUUUUUGUGAAUUUUUUUUUCUUAGUGGUAAUAGCUGACGCACUUUUCAUCGAGUUGAAUAUAAAAAAUACAACUCUAUGUAAAUUGCUAAUAUAUAUGAAUGUAAGAUCCAAUCAUAACUAUAAAAUAAUAUCUUAAUGCGUAUAUGUAUAACGAAAAACAGAUUAUUCCUUAUCAGUAAAAUAUUAAGUAAACGUAAUUAAUGGGACUACGAUGAAUAAUUUUAAGGAGGCUCGUGGACAAGUGCUAAUACACCUUAUGAAAAAAAAUUGUAUUUUUUGAGACGUCUAUUUUUAAUACGAGAAUAACUGUUUCUUUCUAGAAUGUACGAUUGUUGAUUUCUUCAAUUUUUUUUCUUUUUUUCGGAAUGUCUGUUGAGUGUAAGACGUCGAAGCUUGUCCCCGAGUCUUGAAUGCCUGUCUUUUUGUAUACAAGCUCGAAAGUGUAUAAGUUUGCUCUGUACUUUUUUUUGACAAUCGUAAACAUCAUGACAUUUUUCAUUCUUUUUAUAUUAAAUUUGCAAAAGCAUUUUUCCAUGAAAAAUUCUACAUAUUUAUAAUGACACAAUUGUACAGAGCUUAUAUAUACAUGAAAAAAAACUACUUCUCACAAUCACCGCAACGACAUUGCUUAUUUAUUUUUACUGUUUCUAUGUUCCCUUAUGUAUGUUUUAAUUUUCUCCCUCCCUUACUUCUUUCUCUUUUCUUACUCAUCACAUACUAUUCGCAUUUUUUUUCACUUUCAUCUUUUCAUUUUUACGAGCUUAGUUUUACUAUAUAAAAACGCUAUAAGUAAUUUAACGACUAUUUUUACAAACGAUAUUAAACAUAAUGUUUUUUUUUAAACUAUUAUAAAGUUUCUGUCCCGUCAAACAUCAUCGUACUCAUCAAGUACCGUUAGUUGUACAUAGAACAUAUGGUACAGAGAAAUAAAUUCAUUUUCUAACGAA